CUCGUUCGCGUCCGUUCUCGCUCUUCCUCUCACUCUCGUUCUGCCGGUUCGGACGUUCAACAUUCCUUGCCUUCGGUUCACUGCUGCCGUAGCUUUCCGUGUUCGUCUUGCUGCCGCCGCUCCGCACCGUGUGCCCCGAUUCUCACACACAUAGCCCCGUCGACUGCCGUUGGAGCCAGGAAUCCGUCCUCACACCACGGGCCGCCGCACGCGCGCACGCAUCCAGUAACACGCAGAAACCGGCGCGAUGGAGGUCCGGAAAGUGUUCACGUCGGCGAGACGUACCGUCUCCUCGAGCUCGCUCCGCGAACGGCUCAGCAGCCUCAGCAGCCUUACCACCACGCCCCUAAAGCCCGUCGCGAACCUGCGCGCCCACAUCGAGUUCGUUCCCGCAAAGAUCCCGAGAAAGAGGAGGCUGCAGACGCUUGCGGUCGCGAUAUGGUCGACGACGAUCGUUUGGAACAUCACCAUCUUCCUCAUUCUGUGCUCUAUCCCGCCAUUAUGGCCCUUCAUUGCGGCGUACAUGAUAUGGGUGCACUACAUUGAUAGGAGCCCGGAGCAUGGUGGUCGUCUGAGCCCGUGGUUCCGCUCAAUGUCCUUCUGGCGGUACUUCGCCGACUACUACCCCGCAUCAUUCCUGAAGACAUGUGAAUUACCUCCCGACCGACCAUACGUCUUCGGCUAUCACCCUCAUGGCAUCAUUGGCAUGGGUGCCAUCUGCACAUUCGCGACCGAGAGUACCGGGUUCUCCGCCGCGUUCCCGGGCAUCGUCCCGCACUUGCUAACGCUCGCGAGCAAUUUCCGGAUGCCAAUAUACCGCGACAUCAUCCUCGCUAUGGGUAUAUGCUCGGUAUCGAAGCAAUCUUGCUCAAAUAUACUCAAGAAGGGCCCGGGCAACUCGAUCACUAUCGUGGUGGGUGGUGCGGCCGAGAGCCUCAGCGCGCACCCUGGCACUGCGGACCUCACCCUACGGAAGAGGUUGGGCUUCAUCAAGAUUGCCAUCCAGCAUGGUGCCGACCUGGUUCCCGUGUUCUCCUUCGGAGAGAACGACAUUUUCCAGCAAAUGCCCAACGAGAAGGGAACGACGCUGUAUACAUUACAGAAAAAGUUCCAGAACGUCUUUGGCUUUACGCUCCCGCUUUUCCACGGCAGGGGUCUUUUGAAUUAUAACCUGGGUCUGAUGCCGUAUCGUAAACGGAUCGUAGCAGUUAUUGGCCACCCUAUACACGUCGUCCAAUGCGACAAGCCAAGUCUAGAAGAAAUCCGACAUGUGCAGGAGCAGUACAUAGACGAGCUCAUGUGGAUAUGGAAUACGUACAAGGACGAUUUCGCGCGGACGCGGACCCGUGAACUCAGUAUUAUCGAGUAGCACGUCCGUUUCUUGCUUGGCAUGGGCCUCUUUGUAAUAUCGGACGGUAAUUGCCCGUACUAUCCACGGAUUAC